GGAUGAAACAAUACGCUUCAAAAUUUGAAGGAAAAAAUUGGAAAGAAAUUUUUGAAUUAAAUUAUAAAGAUUUGGUAGCUUUGGGAAUUGAAUCUAUUGAAGAUCGAAUUCUGUUAAUUAAGAGUUUUUGGAAGGCCAAACGUGCGAUUAUAUAUACAGAGAAAAUAAAAAAAGUGUCUGAAGUAGAUAUCGGUGGGAGCUUAUAG